ACCCCCGGGGGGGGGGGGGACACACUCAGAGGGCGACAGGUGCUCUGUGUGAGCUCUGUGCCUCAGUUUCCCUAUGGCAGGGCACAGGGCCUAGGCACGGCUUUGCCCACCCUGGCAGCGUGGGGUGGGGGGGGGGUUGCAGUGAGCUCCCGGUGGGUGUGAGCCCCACCCUGUGGGGUUUUGGCCACCGUGGGCACAGGGCCAGCCCACACAGCUCGCCCGCUGCCGCGUGCCCGCGCACUCCAGCACAGAGAAAAACAAACCCAGAAGCAGCGAAGGAAGGAGCGGCAGAGGGACGCGGCAAGGAGGAGGAGGAGGAAGAAGAAGCAGGGCCUCGCAGCCCCUCCGGAGUUGUGGGGUGCCCUGUGAACCCCCAGCCCCUCCAGGUUGCUGCCAUGGCCAAAAGCACCUCGCUGCACUGCCGGCUGGUGGAGGGAAAGGAGCUGCCUGCCAAGGACGUCUCUGGCUCCAGCGAUCCCUACUGCGUGGUCAAGGUGGACAAUGAGGUGGUGGCCAGAACGGCCACGGUGUGGAGGAGUCUGAACCCAUUUUGGGGUGAGGAGUUCACCCUGCGUCUGCCCCGCGGCUUCCGCAGCCUCACCAUCUAUGUGCUGGACGAAGACACCAUCGGGCAUGAUGACGUGAUCGGCAAAGUGUCACUGAGCCACCAGCAGAUCUCAGCACAGCCGCGGGGCAUUGACAGCUGGCUCAGCCUGGCGCCCGUGCACCCUGACCAGGAGGUGCAGGGUGAGAUCCACCUGGAGGUGAGGAUGCCUGAGCAGGGCCACCCGCGGGUGCUGCGCUGCCACCUCAUCGCGGCCAGGGACCUGGCCCCCCGGGACCCCUCGGGCACCUCAGACCCCUUCGUCCGGGUGUCGUGCUGCGGGCACACGCGGGAGACUGCCGUGAUUAAGAAGACCCGCUUCCCACGCUGGGAUGAGGUGCUGGAGUUCGAGCUGGCAGAGGAUGAGCCAGGGGACAGCGUGCUGAGCGUGGAGGUGUGGGACUGGGACAUCGUGGGCAAGAAUGACUUCCUGGGACAGGUCAAGGUCCCCCUGGAUGCAUCAGGUCCCACAGAGGGCUGGUUCCAGCUCCUGCCCUUCCCCAGCAGCACCGAGGAGCCAGGGGGACAGCUGGGCGCCCUGCGGCUGACGGUGAGACUGCUGGAGGACAGGGUCCUGCCCCAGCACUGCUACCAGCCCCUCAUCCAGCUCCUGGCCGAGCCUCUCCACUGCCCAGGUCAGCCCGCAGCCAGCACGGCACUGGCUGUCCUGGAGGAGGUGACCUCAGGGGACAGCCGGCAGGAUGUGGCCACCAAGCUGGUGAAGGUCUUCCUGGCACAGGGGCUGGCCGUGCCCUUCCUGGACUAUGUCAUCACCCGUGAGCUGGCCAGAACCACGGACCCCAAUACCCUUUUCCGCUCCAACUCUUUGGCCUCCAAGUCCAUGGAGCAGUUCUUGAAGGCAGUGGGGCUGCCCUACCUGCACGCGGUCCUGAAGCCGGUGGUGAACCGCAUCUUCGAGGAGAAGAAGUACGUGGAGCUGGACCCCUGCAAGAUGGAACUGAGCCGUGGCAGGAGGAUCUCCUUCAAGGGGUCCCUGUCAGAAGCCCAGGUGCGAGAGAGCAGCCUGGAACUGCUGCAGGGCUACUUGGGGGACACGGUGGAUGCCAUCAUGGCCUCGGUGGACAAGUGUCCCCUCCUGAUGAGGAUGGCCUUCAAGCAGCUCCGCAGGCGGGUGGAGGAGCGCUUCCCCUCACCACAGCAUGAGGAGAUGCGGUACUUUGCCAUCAGUGGGUUCCUCUUCCUCCGCUUCUUCGCCCCCGCCAUCCUCACCCCAAAGCUCUUCGGUCUGCGGGAGCAGCAUGCCGAGCCCCGCACUGGGCGCACACUCUUGCUGCUCGCCAAGGCGCUGCAGAGCAUCGGCAACCUGGGGCUGCAGCCGGGCAAGGAGCCCUGGAUGGCCCCACUGCAAACCGUCCUGCUGCCCAGCGUCACCCGCGUCAGAGCCUUCCUGGACAGCCUCAUCGAGGUGGAGAGCACCCAGGCCACAGCGGGUGAGGGGACAAUGUCGGUGGCACCUUUCUGUCCCUCGGCCACCAUCAAGGAGGGCUUCCUGCACAUGCGGGAGGCUGAGGAGCCCUCCCUGCUGCCCCGCUUCGCCUUCAAGAAGCGGUACUUCUGGCUCAGCACCCAGGCUCUGUCCUACUCCAAGUCCCCCGAGUGCCAGGAGCGCGGCUGCAUCCAGGUGGGGCACAUACGGGCGGUGGAGCGCGUGGAUGAGGGCACGUUCCCGCAGCCCCACGUCAUGCAGGUGGUGGCACAGGAUGACACCGGGCAGCUGCGCACCACCUACAUCCAGUGCAAGAGCGCACCGGAGCUGUGGCACUGGCUGUGGGCGCUGCGUCAGGCCAGCAGUGCCAACGGGGCCAUGCUGCCCACCUGUCAUCCUGGCACGUUCCGCGGUGCCCGCUGGACCUGCUGCCUGCAGCCCAACCGUGCUGCUCCCGGCUGCAGCCGGACCCACAGCGCGGUGGCACUGGACGAGUGGAGUGACCCCCUGGACCCCGCGGCGGCAGCACAGAGCCUCUACGUGCACCUCCAGCAUGCGGGGACACGGCUUCGGCGGAGCCGUCCGGGAGCGGCUGCGGGCGGUGCUGCGGGACCUGGACGUGGCCCACGAAGCCUUCGCCCGUGGAGACGGCGCCUCGAGCCCUCCCACGGAAACGGAGACGGAGACGGAGACGGAUGUGGCCACGUGAAGGGGACUACAGCUCCCAGCAUGCCCUGCGCCGCCAGGGCCCAGCCAGCGCCGCGCCGCGCCGCAGUGCAUGCUGGGAGCUGUAGUCCGCGCCGCGCUCCUCUGCCUACAGCGAGACGGGGCGGCGCGGCGCGACGGGGGCAGCCCACGGACACGCGCGUGCACACACACACACAGACGUGUCCGCGUCUGUGCGUGUGUGUGCUCAGAGCCGGGUGUGCGUGGCGAGGCGCUGCAAGGUUCGCGUGGGACGCGCGUGAGUGCGGGCAGCGCUGCCACCACGCGGGACCGCCCACGGGGGACAGAGGGACAGACCCCGCUGCAGCCCCACCCAGCGCCCUUCCCUAGCGCGGCGCGGCACGGGGACACGAGCGGGUGGCGCGGGGACGCCGGGACGCUGCGGUGUAUUCCUUAACACAGAGACGUACACAUGG